AUGAGUGGGAAAGAUUACGCUCGGCUGGUUGCUAUGAAAUAUCGAUCUGCUCGUUCAACACCGCGGAUAAAUCGCCCUGUACGCCCGCGAGUAAUUGCUUGGGCUGGCCCGAAAGCUUUUUAUCCAAAUAGGUUUUAUGAGAUCGAUAGAUGGUAUAAGGCACGGAUCGACAAACCGGAGAAGAUUCCGAGGCUGCAUAUCAUAGAGCCUUCGGAAUUCACUCGUUCCAUUUACGAGAUAACAUCGAACGACCAAGGGGAAAUUGAUAUCGGAUUUGCUCUAAAGGAUGAACCCAAGUUUUCGACAAAGACCGAUGAACAACGAGUGGAUUUAGAAAGAAAAGCACGACGAUUAGAACUGCGAAUUGACCUGGAUCAAGUGCGCUCAGAAGAUAUAGGCAUUUAUCAUCAUUAUAAGAUUUUUGAGCAUCUUUUUGGCAAAGGAGCCUACUUUCACAGUGUUCAACAGCUGAAUGUGGCUUUUGGGGAUAUCGAAUUGUAUAAUGGGAACAUCAUUUCGGCAACAAGUCUUGUUAAUCAACCCCAGAUUGAAAUUGAGUCCAUUGGAAGUGGUGGCUACUCAACGUUUGUCCUGGUGAAUAUAGACGGCAAUCCUUUUGAAGAAAAACCAGGCGAAAUUGUUCAGUGGUUAAUCAAAGAUAUCCCGGAUGGAAAAGGAGUCGAUGCCGGCACUGAGGUUUUGCCAUACCUCCAACCAAUUCCGUUUAUGGGAACCGGUUAUCAUCGAAUGACGGCUCUUCUAUUUCGACAUCCUAAACCCAUUGAUUUCGAUUUUAAACUCGACAAAACACUGAUUGGGAGAGUAAUGAAAGUAUCACAAUUCUACAAAGCAUGUGAAGAACAAAUUACCCCUUCCGCAGUUCGGUUUUGUCAAACCAGUUACGAUUUAUCCUGUAAAAAGGCUCUCCAUGAUUUGGGAAUGAAAUCACCUAUUUACUCGUAUGAAUUUAAUGAUGCUUUAAAGCCUGCUCAACGUGAAUUUCCAGUAAAACCUAUGCCUUUUAAUCUCUAUCUUGAUAUGUAUCGUGAUCCUAAAGAAAUGGAAGAAGAACUCUUAGAAGAAAGAUUGAAGCGAGCACAAAUCACAGAUUACGGAGCACCGAAAUGGUUGGAUCCAAAUUACAAUGACAACAAAAGAGAUCUGGCUCCAUGGAUACACGAUCGGAUAAUUGCUAGGAAAGGCAGAUAUACCGCUUUGUAUGAAAAUAUGGCUCAAUUAGCCGCGCGAUCGAUUUUUGCCGCUUUGAAGAAACAGGUCAACGUGACGGGGUCCUUUACGGCUCGCUCUUUAGCGACUGAGGCUAACCCCGAUGAUUAUGGACACUAUCCGGAUCCGUUAGAGCACGCAACCGGUCGAGAGAAGAAAAUGCUAUUGGCCCGACUUGCCGGGGAUGAUCGUUAUGAGCCCAAAGUUUACUACCGUGCUGAGCAUUCGACAAAGGAAAAACCAAAUCUUGUGCCUUCUCAUUUUCAAGAUCGAAUUGUUGGGUGCAUGUGUGAGCCUGACAGCGGUCACGUAAACUUUAUGAUGGUUCGUAAAGGAACUCCAAAACGAUGCGAAUGUGGACAUUGGUUCAAAGCGAUUGAUGCUGAUCCCGAGUCAGUC